AUGAGUACCUUAAUACGCUGUAAUUUGGAAAGUAAUAUUCAGGGCCUUUUUUUCCAGUUCUUAAGUCUUCACUUAAAGAAACAAAAUAAUAAAAUAAAUUCAAACAUAUGUAGUAUUAUAGAGGAAGAUCAAGUAUAUAGUGAACAAAUAAAUAAGUCAAAGGACAAGAUCAAACAGAGGUAUCAGCAAGAUGAGAUUACUAUAAGCAAACAUACAAGAAAUGUGGAAGUUGAACAGCUAAGCCAGAUAGCAGAAAUAAGAGUUAAGGAUGAAAGUGAGAAAGUUCAAUAUAGUGAGAAUAUAGAGCAAGAGAGAGGAUGCUUAGGUUCGGAAAUUGGGGUUUUUAGAUGCUUUGAAAUUUAUCGAGGUAAUGACAUUAUAGGAGCUUCAUGCAAAAAUAGACCAAAUUUAACUAUUAUUGAUGACAAUAUUAAAGUUCCAAAUACAAGAGUCAAACUUCUUGAAGCAGAGCUUUAUAGAAUAUGUGAUCUAUAUGGAAGAAAGCAAGGUCUUGAAGUUUAUAUAGAUUGGAAGAUUUGGGAAUCCCAAGUAAUAAAAGCAUUAGGUUUGAGUAUUUUUUGCUCAAAAACUCUUGCUAACGUUAUAUUUAGUGCUUAUCAUAGAGAUUAUAGAAAUUGCAUGAGUAUACUUUGUAAGGCAAUAGAAGAUUCGGGGGAUAGAGACUCGGGAAAGAUGAAUGUGGAAUUGUCGGAAGAAAACAUUGCCAGUGUGAGUUUAUCAGAACAUAGUGAUUCAAGUGUAUCUGGAAAAAAUAAUGUAAAUUUCUUAGAUAGGAAGUUUAAUAUAUACAACUGUGAGGUAGAAUAUAAGCAGCCACCAAACUCAGGGAAUUUAUGCCGGUCAUCAAUUAUUUGGUUUCUUUGUCAUAAACACGAAUUUGAACUGAAUGAUCCCAGCAUAAAUUAUUUUAGAUUAUUAUCAUAUCUUUCGAGUUCAUCGAAAUUCAUUUUACCAGGUUCUUUUAGGCCUUUAUUAUAUGAACUUAUUUCGAGACACUUGGCAUUAAAAUUUCUAGAGAAUGACAAGAUUUUUAAAGAAUUAUAUGUUGAUACUAUAAUAGUUCGUAUAUAUUAUGAUUUGGACUUAAUAGAUCUACAAAAACUUCGUUUAAAGGAUAUCAGAAAUAGUGACUUAAUUACUCUACUUGCUGAGAUGGUUGGAAGUGAAUCUUUCCAUGAUUUACAACACUACUUUAACUACCAACAUUUCUAUGUAUUGUAUUGCAGAUUUAUAGAGCUUGAUAUUGAUGAAGAUCAGGCCUUGAGCUACAAAGAAUUUCGAAAUCACGACUUUGGAGCUCUAACAAAUAAGACCUGUGCUAGACUUUGGGAUUGUAAGAUAUCAAACAAAAAGUCUCUAUUUGAUAAAAUCACUGGAAAUAGAACUGAAAGUGUCAAUAGCUUAAUGACAUCUGAUUAUCAAGUAUCAAUACUUAAGAAUUUUGAUACAGUUAGUACAAAUUUUAACAAGGAGUUCUAUAUGAAGUAUGAGGAUUUCAUCUACUUCUAUAUUAGUGAUGAGGAUAAAACAAGUGAAAGAAGCAUCAGAUAUUGGUUUGAAAUUGUAGAUUUAGAUUGUAAUGGAUGGAUAACCCCGAGAGAGAUUGAGUAUUUUUAUCAGGAACAAUAUCAAAGGAGUUAUGAGUUAAGACAUACACUACCCGAAUUAAAUGGAAUUUUAUGUAUGAUGAAUGAUCUAUUAAUGCCAAAAAGGCCAGGAGGAUUUCGUCUAGAUGACUUUCAAAAAAACAAAACUGUAGCUGGUCAUUUCUUUAAUAUACUUGUAAAUACUAAGAAAUGUCUAUCUACCAUAUUUAAAGAUGGUGAAUUUAACAAUAUACACAACUACUUUGAAAGUAAAGUUUGUCCCAAAUAUUAUACACCUUGGGAAUUGCAUUGUCAGUACCAAUAUCAAAUAAUACAAGAUGAGGAUGAGCGGCUUCAGCAAGAAAGUGUUACAUAA